AUGAAUCCGUUUGAUUUUAUUUGCCCAUUACGGGCUUUCUUGUUUCUUGUAAUUGGGCAGAUCAUUCUGGCUGAAGGCUCCAAGAUCUCAAGCUCUCAAGCACCAUGGGCACCCACCACCGUAUUGGUUAUAUCCCGCAAAAAUAUCUCGGCUGAUUGUACUAUCCGACCUUCAGUCACAAUUAAUGGCACUUUUCCAGGCCCCGAACUUCGAUUCAAGGCGGGCCAGAAACUUUGGAUUCGGGUGAUCAAUGAGCUCGAAGAUGAAACGACAACAAUGCACUUCCACGGAUUGGCCCAGUAUGGCUCACCCUUUGCUGAUGGUACUGUUAAGAUUUCUCAGUUUCCCAUCCGCCCCAAAGGUGGCUAUUUUGAUUACGAGUUUGAAUUGCCAACUGACUCAGCAGGCACAUACAUUUAUCACACACAUCACAGGUUUCAAUCAAUAACUGCCUACGGUUCCUUCAUAAUCGAAGAAAAUGGCGUGGCACCUCCGUAUAGCUAUGACGAAGAACGCACCCUGAUGUUCAGUGAUUACUAUCAUGCCACUGACAGUAAGAUUAUCUCGGGUCUGGCUUCCACCCCAAUCAAGUUUCUUGGGGAGCCCCAGAGCCUAAUUGUCAAUGGAGAAGCGUUAGGAUCAUGCAAUUCCUCUAGUCUCUUCGGAUGCACUAAGAACUGUCACCCUCAUGUGUUACACGUAAAACCUGGCUUGACUUAUCGAGUCCGGACAAUUGGUAUUACUGCCCUCACAUUCCUCUACUUUGCCAUCGAAUCGCAUUCCAAACUACAAGUAAUUGAGGUUGAUGGCGGAUACAUCAAGCCAGCAAGCGCUCCAUUCAUGGAAAUUGGGUCGGGACAGCGUUAUUCCUUUCUUCUAAAAACAAAAACUCUGGAGCAACUUCAAAAGAAAGGUGGCCAGCGCGAUUAUUACGGCCGAGUUGAAAGCCGCUGGCGGGAAAAACGCGACAUGGGAUCUUUCAUAUUGAGAUACGACAUCAGUUCUGCUGUAUCCAAUCCGACAAAUGACAUGAAACAUUCCGCUUCAGCACUCCCAUCGCUGCGAAAAGAUUACAUGCACAACUUCAUCACUAAUCUCACUGAUCUCGACAAGAUUGUGCCUUUGCCAAAUGAGGACAAUGAAUGGAUAGCACACCGCUUUCGACCAUUAAUUCUGAAGAAAGAUGCUCCAACAGCCGCCCAAGUCAGUCGCCGGAUAUUCAUAUCGAGUCAGCAGAGAAGAACACCCGAGGGGUCUGUAAAUUGGUUUGUAAACAACUUGACCUAUGUCGAAAAUAAGCGAAAGGUACCAAUACUCGUUCAAGCUUACACCGAUGGACUAAAGCCAGACUACAAGGCAGCCUUGCAGAAUAACGGCUAUGACUCGAAAUUGGACGCCUAUCCGAUAAAAUUAAACGAAGUUAUUGAGUUCGUAAUCGUCAAUAUUGCCUCGACUGUCAACGUUUCCGAAGUACAUCCUUGGCACCUACACGGACAAAAAUUUUAUGUGGUUGGCCAAGGCUAUGGUGAAUUUACCGAGGAAAGUUACAAACGCAUUAACAAAGAUAAUCACCUGAGGAACAAGAGAUCGAUUGAACGCGAUACACAGGUUGUCUUCGCUGGAAGAAAUGGAAAAUACUUCAAGGGUCCAAUGCCAAGCGGAUCACAUGUUGGUUGGCUAGUCAUCAGACUCGUUGCCAAAACGCCUGGCGCCUUUCUUGUACAUUGUCAUCUCCAGGUCCAUGCAAUAAUGGGUAUGAGCCUGGUGAUGUUAGUCGGGAUGGAAAAUCUCCCCCCACUCCCGAAAGACUUUCUGAAGUUAUACGCAUCCCGAGGUGGUCUCAGGGUGAAAGAACCUAUUUCGUACUUUAAUUCAGUGAAAAAAACGACCAGACUAGUGGAAACCAACUCCUCUCAUUGA